AUGAUAAAAGUUCAUUUACUAUCUCGGAUAUCACCGGAAACAAUUUCGUAUUGGAUAUACAAAUCUCCAAUUCGCCAGCUUCCAUUGACACCAUAUGAAGCUGAUCUUUUUCAUCAUAUAAAUAUAUUUCAUUCAAAUGGAAUUCUUGGAAAUAAAAGUCAAUUAGAUUAUUCUCGAUUAGAAUCAGCAUCUAUAACACCUUUUACUUCUUUUUUAAAAUUUUAUCAACUUAUUUGUUCAACUCCCCAAUUGAUUAAUUCAAAUCAAUUUUGGAUUUCAUCUCAUUCAUCUUCAUUAUGUAACAAUUCAAUGACAGAUGACGACAAACAAGUUGUUAAUAAUGUGUACAAAUCAUCCCUUCUUAUUGAUAAAGAUGUCAUAUCUAAAACAACUGAAUCAAAUAAUUCAUUCUGUCGACGAAUAGUAUUUCAUGGACAAGAAAUUUUAUCGUAUUAUACAACAUUAUCAACAAAUUUGAAAGAAAAAGAUAAUCAAACAGUAUCAUGUAUUUCAAUAAAAGAUAUUAUUUCGAUUUAUUUUCCAUGGUGUUCAAUUGAACAAUUUAUUCAAAUAUGUAGAAGAAAACAAAUAACGAGAUUUAAACCUGAUAAAUCAACCGGCUAUGAUUCAACAUUUCGUUUAGUUAAUAUUCAAGAAUUGGAAAAACAUUGGAAUUUUAUUCUUAAAGAACUUUUACCAGAUACACAAAUAUCUUCUCGUAAACACAGUGAUCAAUCUGAAGAAGAUAAAUUAUUUAUUGAAUUGCAAGAGAAUAAUCUUUCAUUGACAAAUAAUUCAAAUGAUAUUUUAUCUUCAAAUAUAAAUAAUCAAGAUUCAAUUAAGACAAUUGAAUUAGCGUCAAAAGAAAUUUUAUCUGAAAUAAAUUCAAUUGAAAUAGACGAUAAUUCAAUAGAAAAUAAUUAUAUAUUAAACAAUUCUUAUAUUCAAUUAAAUGAUAAAAUAAACGAAUAUUAUCAAUUAAUAAAACAUAAUAAUAAUAAUGACAAUAAAUUUGAAAUGAAUUUAUCAGAAACUGUACAAGAAAAACAAACAUUAUCAAUUAUAAAAGAUAAAAAUUCAUUAAAUAAAAGAACUUUAAAAAGAAAUCAAUAUCGAUCAACUAUUUCUUCUUAUUAUUAUUCAAAAAAAAGAAGAAAAGAAGAAUCAAACAAAAUGUAUAAUCAUAAUAAAUAUUCAAAUAAUUAUGAUCAACAAUUAUGGAUGAAAAAAUAUUCAAUUGAAUCAUUUUCAAUUAUUAUUGAUCGAUAUAAAUUACCUUUUAUUUAA